AGUUGCUUUCGGUACGCCUCGUGGGAAAGAAUGUGUCAUUUUGAAUCCGCGCGACGACAACAACGACGACGACGACGACGAUUACACGGCGACGACGGCCUAUUUCUGCCCUAAGUAGUAUAACGAAAGGAAGGAAGGCGAGCGAGAGAGAGAGAAGAAGCGAAGAAAAAAAAAUACAGUGCUAGAUAGACACAACACACGUCGGACGGACGGCUACUACCCUUCGGUUCAGUUUCAACAAAUUCUAUGCGUACAAUCAGGUUUGUGGUCUUGCUUGGAAUCGCGCGUUUGACACUAAAGUCGUGUUUCGUGUGGAGUUGAGUCCUACUGCUGUGUUGAGUUUAUGGUGUGGUGAACAGCUCUCGUCGUCGGAUUAGUAGCAGGCCGAAUCGCGAUAUCUUGGCUUGCCUAGAUCAAGUAGGCUUGGCCGGAUCACGACGACGAAGACGACGCGCGUUAGUAGCAGCGCUACGGCGGUCCAAGUUGGCAGCGCCGCCCUCCUCAAACCCGCCCACCCCUCCUUAGAGUGAAGUGUGUGAACCUCACUCACCAGCACACCACACAGUAACCAGUCCAGGAGGUCGCACUUGUGGUUGGUUUCUUGGUAGCAAGAAGCCAGUAUAGUAGGCCGUUUCUACCAACUAGCUACAGCUAGCGGCCUGGUAUCGGAAAGAUUCCAGAGCUAACGUGAUCGCGCGCGCGACUUAGAAAAGUGUGACCAGAUUCAGAGUGUGUGCCGGAGAAGAAAAAUCCAAUUCGAAUCGAACGAACUGGAAACAAGUCGCUGGGCAGAGAGUGGCUGGCCCUCCACUUUGUGUGGUGGAUCGCAUUUUUUCGAGUAUCUCGACGGAAACUAGUUUUUUUUCCUACCUACCUUUCCUGCGAGCAGCGCUUUUUGCAUACUUUCAAGUUUAGCGAAGUGGACAAAGUAUUUUAGUGUGAUUAUCCCACUGGCGCCCGAAGUAUUUUUUUUUCGUCGUCUGUCUGUCUUGUUUUUGGAUUUCUCCCAAAUCGACUGUAUUAGUGAAGAUUUUGUUUUGGAACCUCCAAACCUAUUAGUGCCUCCCAACAACAGCUCACGGUGUCGAAUUUCAACAUCGUUCCAUGAAUGAGUGUUAUCGGUGCACACAGAAGAAUGAAGAAAAAAUGCUGACACCGCCGCCGAGCUGAGCUGAGUUUAAUUCGAUGGGCUAGCGAGCGAGUGAGCGAAUGAGAACGAGCUCCUUUUUACGGUGUCGCUAGCUAGAGAAUUAUAAAUCGAUAGAAGGAAAAAAAGGAAAAGUUGAACGACGACAACGACACGAAUGUUGUGUUAUUGGAAAACCAAAGUUAUUCGGUAAAAUAAGAGCAACUUGAGUGGAUUGCGCACAGUUCGACGUACCUACUACGUACUACGGGGUGAGGAGAAGCCCCGAGAAGUGAAACAAAAAACGGGAAACGGGAAAGAAGAAAAAUAAUAAACCGCUCACUCUGGGGUCCCCUGCUCGAGAAGAUAUUCGUUGCGGGCAGCUCGCGCGCGAAGAUCAACGGAAGGAAAAGGGUGGAUUUGCGGUUUUAGAGUACGAUUAAGUCGGUCUCCGUGUUUUUUUUUUUUCUUCUGUUCAUUCCUUCUGUUUCUCAAUCCGCCACUGUGUGUGCGAUCCAUCGACGUCGAGAAAGGCAGCCAGUCAGGGAAGCUGGAAUUUAUACGCUACAUUCAGUGGAAUGCAGUUAGUGCGGUGUGAAUCCUGGUGAAGUGCAAUCGAAACGUCCGCGCUUCAUGCGUAUGUUGUGUUGUGGCGUGGUGGCGUAGUGAGGUUAAGUUGGUUGUUCGUUUGAAGCAAGAAGACGCCUCAACACUCUGCACUGCACGCGGUAGAAAUGUACAGCCUAUCUCAGCGCUGCAGCUUCCUCCAGCAAAAGUUGUCGCCGUCCGGUUCAGAUUCUGGUUCAGCAUUGUCGCCGCCAACAACGGUAGCAGUGAAAAUUGUCUGGCCACCGAAAUCUUGUAAAAAUUGUGCUCCCUAAUCUCCAUUAGUCUCUGGGUGAUCAAUUAUUGGGUGUGGGGUUCCACAAGAAAAGUGUUACUUUUACAACGGAUAGCCUGUGGUGAAUGCAGUUGGAAGCACAAACCAAAGUCCUGCUCCAAAGUGGUUCAAAUCUGCUGCAGCCCAACCAAAUCUAAGCGCAAAGUCAGGGUGAGCGAGUAAAGAAAGUGGCUAAUCGCGUGCGCAUUCGUAGUGGAGCAAAAGCGAAGGAAAAAUAAUAAUAAGAAAAGUGUUCGCGCAAAAUAGCUAAGCUAAGCUAAUAAGAAAGUGUUUUUUGAGGUCUUUGAGGCCAUCAUCGCGCCAAUCCGCGAUCAGGGUGUAAUACUCGUUUGUGCCUGUGAGCGUGUGUGUCCGCGAGCGAGUGCGGGCGUUUGUGUGUGAAUGACAAGAUAGUUGGAUUCCGAGGCGCAAAUCGGAUCGAAACCCUGGCACUGGAGCGGCGCAGCGCGGAUAAAUUAUGCCAAAAAAUUGCAGCAAUGCAGACUUACCACUCGGCUGGGAGAUUAACACCGACUAUGAUGGGAAGGUUUAUUUUAUUGAUCAUAUUAACAAGAAGACCACAUGGAUCGAUCCCCGUGACAAGCUCACCAAACCGGAAUCGUUCGCAGACUGCAUCGGCAAUGAGCUCCCGUUCGGGUGGGAGGAGAGCUAUGACUCCCAGAUCGGCACCUACUACAUCAACCACAUCGGGCAGUCGACCCAGCUGGAGGACCCGCGGCUGGAGUGGAAGCGGGAGCAGGAGAACAUGCUGCGGGAGUAUCUCUGCUCCGCACAGGACACACUGGAAGCAAAGAAGGAGAUCUUCAACGUGAAGACGCAACGGUUGCACCUGGCCCAGGAGGAGUACAACCACCUGAAUGCGCUGGCCGCCAGCCGAACUAGUUUAUGUUCUUCAACAAGUUCGUGUAGUACAAAGUUUGAUCCGGAACUGUUGAGGGCGGACCUGGCGCUGGCCAAGGAACGUGUGUUCCGGCUCAAGAAGGAACUGUCCCGGAUACAGAAGGAAAUGCAUAAUACUCAAAAGGGUGUGGAUACUCUGUCGAGCGUUGAACAGAAGCUCAAUUCUCACAUUAAUGGCUGUUACAAUCUAACCGAAGCCCAAGCCAUACUGGAGGAGGUGAAGAAGAUUCAAAAAUCGCUGAUCACCGGCGAGAAGGAGAAGAAGGAGCUGAUGAAGAGCCUGUCGCAGGUUAAGGAUGAUCUGACGAGGUUGCAGCUUCGGCAGGAAAGUCCGGACGCGUCGACGUUCAAUUUGGCCCAGGAUCGGGUCUGCGCAGCCUCACAGACGGACUUAUCGUCCGAGAACUUCCCCAUGGGUGCCCGAGAAAUGGCCAAAAUGCGUCAACGGUACGACGAAUGGCGCAAGCAGGUUAAAGAGAUCCAGGAGAAGCUGGCAGCUUUAGAAGAGAAGAUCAGGCCGGGCGAGGUGGAAUCCGAUCAGGAUCGAUUGCUACUGUUCCAGGAGAAGAAACAAUUGCUGCUGGAGUAUCGAAGCAUCACGCCCAAAUCUCGGUCACAGAGUGAGAUGAAACGAAUACAUAGUGUUUGCAAACAGCUGGAGGCGGACCUGAAUAUGGCGUAUGAAGAGUCGAACCAGUGCAUAGCCACUCGGUUGAAGCUUCACGAAGAGAAACAAGCGCUGCUGCAGAAGUUGCUGGAAGCGCUCAAGGAGUUUACGCACCUUGAAAACCAACUCAAGUCACUAUCCGCUAGUACCUUGUCGAUCAGCAGUAGCUCCAGUUUCGGUUCGCUUUCGACGGCAAGUAGCAAGGGAUCGCUGAGCGGGCUCAGUUUUACAGAUAUCUAUGGAGAUCCCUUGUCUACGGAGCCACAAAUCGAUAUGGUUGACAUUAAUCGUCGGGUUCAAAGGCUAUUCCAUCCUAGCUCGGAAGUGUCCUUAUCCCCGCGUAGCAGCCUAUCGCUAGAAACUCCUCCGGCCUCUCCGAUGAAACUCGAAUGGAGCGCCGGAGAAGCGCCAUAUAAAAGUUCUGCUCCGUACAACAUACCUGGUCCAAGCUACAGUUCCGACUACAAUUUGGACAAAAACAAGCUAGAAGAGCAGUUGCAAGAUCUCAAGAUUCGGCAACUGGGAGCGGCGCCUCUUUCGCCUAUUUAUGAAAAACCAUCGUACCUGGAUAUCCCGCCUGCUGUCAUACUCAGUCGAUCGUCUUCCACCUCCAAUACUCGUUCGGUUUCGACGACGGUUAGCGACGAAUCCGUAGCCGGAGACUCGGGCGUAUUCGAAGCGUCCCGGGCGCUACAAACCAACAAAGAAUGUGCCCAAAUACAGAUCACUAUCCGGUACACGGCCGCCGAUAGCACACUCUGCAUAACGAUCGAGAAAGGUCGAAAUCUCAAUGCCUUGUGCUUGCCCGAUGGAUGUCAGCUAUUUGUUCGAGCGAUACUUCUCCCGGGAAGUUCUAGUCCCUUCAUUCGAACCAAUGCCGUGGUAGACUUCGUCAAGCCGGUCUUCAAAACCAUGCUGGUUGCGCAGAUGCCUCUGGACAAGGUCUACACCAAAUCGCUGCAUGUCAAGGUUAUGAUCACCGUCGGUCAGCGGGAAGAUUGGGUCGGCAGUGCACAGAUCAGCUUGGCCGAGUUCAACCCGACGGAUCCGACCAGCAAGUGGUACAACAUCAUUAGCCGCAAGUCGAUGAACGAGUUGGAUUCGCUGGAGGCGGGUUACUCGGGCGGAAUGGGCAUUAGGGAGGAAUCGUCCGACGAAUCUACGAUCAUUUCGUCGCAAACUUCUACGCUGACGCGUAACCAAGGCCAGGAGGAACUGCAGGCAGUUCUGGAAAUGGUUUACGACGAGCUUUCGACCGAGGACGGCGACGACGACGAGGACGAAGAUGACGAUGACGAUGAGGAGGAGGCCGAAGAGGAAAACGACGAGGAAGCCAACAAUCAAGCUGCACAACAGUUGAUGUUGGAGGAGUACAUGAACAGCGUCAAGGGUACGAUCGCUUCCGAAGUGGACGAAGGAGCUUUGGCCCUGCCGGUGGAACGGGUAGACAAGGAAACCAAUACCGAGUGUGCCUUCCUGCCGGAGAAGGGUCGAAGAAGGCUCAAUGAGCCGGUACGGCUUGGAAGUAACGGAACGAUCGAGGAGAACUCCGUCACCGACGAUCGGUUGGUGAAGCGGUCGCAAACAUUUUCGCCAAGUGCCGUCGCCAGCAAGUCCCGUUACAUCUGUCGAUUGAAUCGCAGUGAUUCGGAUUCGGCGAUGCACUUCAACAACCCGGUGACGCCGCAUCCGUUCAAACGGGGUGCCGUGGAGCGAAGAUCGUUGCGAUACCACAGCCGAACGCCGAAGGUUUAUCACAAAAUGCAUCCGGCGGUGCCGCGCACCAGUUUGGAUCUGGAGCUGGACCUUAAGGCGCAGCAGUCGAAGCUGGAAACGUUGACGGACGAGAUCCAGCGGUUGCGGGAUCUUAAGAAGCGGCUGGAACAUGCCCGGGACAACAACGAUGUGAAGGUGGCGACGUGGGCCCUGGAGAAUGAAGAUUUCCUGAAGCUGAUCAAGAACGCUGGCUCGGCGAUGACCACCGAGGAGAAGCACAUGGCCAAGCUGUUGCACAAAACGUCGAAGGAGAUCUACAAACUGCGCAAAACCAAAGCCGGCAAGGGCAAGCUGGAUCUGAUAUCGUUCAAGGAGAAGAUGGCAUUCUUCACCCGCCGCGGGGUGUCCGUUCCUGAACUGCCGGCCGACAUUCUGCACCAGGACGAUUGCAGCGAGCAGGAGCUGAUCGUUGCCAGCGUGUGCAAUUCACCGAUCAAAUGUGACCCGGAACCGAUGCCGGGACCGUCGAAGCCUUUCGACCCAUCGGAACCGUCGACCUCGAAGGCCGGCGACCGGCCAGAGUUCUCCUACACUGAUGUCGAUCGGAACUACGGGGUGGAAGUGUGAAUGAAUAAUUUGAAGCUGUGGCGUUUUGGGGGGAAAAAUCAAACAUGACAACUUGCGUACAGGUCUUUUAGUCAUCUUCUCUGUGUGUUUAAGCUGUUCCGGAACAAAACUUCGACGCUCGGAGCGUCGAUAAGCUUUAGGUUAUUUGCAGAAAAAUUACAAUUUGAAAACAAAGGUAACAAACACACAAAAACAUCCGUUCAAAUCUGCUUAGCCGCAGAAAUAUAAAAUGGUUCAUAGAUAGCAAACAAACAAACAAACAGUAGUAGUUCUACUUUGUAGGUAGUUAGUUAGGGAUAGGGUUUAAUUUUGUUAGAAGAAAAGCUGUUUUUUCUGUCUUUCUUUCUUAAGAGAAGCCAACUCAGUGCUUUUGUUCUGCGAACCAAAGCUCGACGUGCAUUUAUGUUAUAAGAUUUUAAAAACCCGGAUCGGAGUCGGGAUAUGGAUGUGUGUUAUUUGUAUUUGUGUUAGGAUCGAUCAUAGUGUAAUUUUAAUUGGGUUUGCUCGUGAAGGAGAUGAGGUUGAACAAAUGUUGAUUGGAAUAGCGUUUGAAUGUAGUAGAAUUAAGCGAAUUUUAUCCAGAAAGUUAGUGGUUGUAUGUUUAUAUUCGAAUCAAACGAACAAACUUGUUUGUGGUCCCGCCCAGAUGCUUGUUUCUCCAAAAGUAGCUGUACCAAAUAUUAGGUAAAAUUUUGGAA